AUGUGGGUGAAAGAGUGGACAACGACAACGAGCGAGGUGGGAAGCUGUUGCAGGAGUGGAUGGAUGGGGGGGAGUCGUAGGCGCAACGGGCGCGGACUAAAAUAUUCAGGGAGGGAAAGGAUGGAAGAGGAAGAGAGGGAGAAAGAGAGAGAGAGAGGAGAAAGAGAGACAAUGCUUGGUGCAGCUGGAUUGGUACUGCUGCUGCUUUGCUGCUGGCGUGUGUAUGGGUCAGUUAUCGGCGGUUGGCCCCAGGGCUGGCUUUUGGCUCCUCCUUCGUUUGGGCGACGUUCAGUUCUUUUCGUUUUCCCCCCGUCCUUUCAGGUGAGGCUCCCUGUUCCCGAAAAGUAG